AAGCCCAAUUCGCAUUGCUUUGGGGAAUCUAAACGAUACGGUUUUCAUUACGCCUUCGAUCUAGUGUCGAGAGAUAGCUCGCCGUCGAUUUAGCGAGAUGGGAAGAGACCGCGACGGUUCUCCGCCGGAGUACUCGAAAGGCGACGUCGAGGACAGAGACUACAGAAGAAAACCAUCCCGGGAAAAAUCAAGCGGUGUCGGAAAGGAGGCCGGCGAAGAGGAAGAUGUGAGUCGCCGUGAAUCUAAGAGGAGAAUAAAAGACGGCAGAGAGUCUGACUCUGGUUCGGGAUUGGAAAGUGGCAGCGAGUCCGAUUCUGAGAAGGAAGAGAGACGUAGAAGUAGAAAGAAGAGAGUGAAAAGGAAAUCAGAUCGGAAAUCUCGGAGUAGGCGAAGCAGGAAGCAUCAUGACGAUUCGAGUAGCAGCUCGGGCUCGGAAUCAGAAUCCGAGUCGGAUUAUUCGUCGGAGUACACGGAUUCUGAGGAGAGUGAGAGUGAGGAUGAGCGGAGGAGAAGGAAGAGGAAGAGAAGGGAAAGAGAGGAGAGAGAGAGGAAGAGAAGGAAGCGAGAGAAAGAGAAGAAGAAGAGGAGGAAGGAGAAAGGAGUUGAUGGAGAUGGGAAGAGAAAAGAGAAGAAGAAGAAGAAGAAAUCUGAGAAAGGGAAGAAAGGAGCCGUCACUGAAUCAUGGGGAAAGUACGGAAUCAUCAGAGAAACUGAUAUGUGGAAUAAACGACCAGAGUUCACAGCAUGGUUGCUUGAAGUAAAAGAGGUUAACUUGGAAUCCUUGCCAGCUUGGGAAGAGAAGAAAAUGUUCAAAGAUUUCAUGGAGGAUCACAAUACUGGUACAUUCACCUCCAAAAAAUACUAUGACAUUGAUGGUUACUAUAGACGUAAGUUGGAAAAAGAGAUGAAAAAGGGUUUGAAGAAAGCUGGGCAGAAUGAACGUACUGUGUUUAAUGAUGAGGAACAACGCCGGCUAGAGAUGCAGGAAGCACGCGAAAAGCAGAAGGAAGAAGAAGUGAUGGCUCUAAAACGAUCAAUGGAAGGCGGAAUGGCUCAAGCUAUGAAAGAGCAAGCUCGGCUAAAAGAAGAAAUGGUCUACUUAUACAAGAUUGGGGACAUGGAGGGUGCAGCUGCUAUCCAGAGAAGGUUGGAUCCAGAUGUUCCCAUGUAAUGUGGAGUUUUUGGUUAAACUUACAACAUCUUUUUUAGAUCGUGUGUUCUUAAAUUGUGCUCCAACUCCAAGUAUCGAGCUUAUGUAACAUGACCAAGAAAAAAAACAAAAUUUAUCUCCUACAGCUCUGAAGCAUGAUAAUGCUUUUUGGUUUUUUGGUUACUCAUCAUUAUUCAUCAAAAGCCCCAAAUUACAAUAUUUUAUGCAUAAUACCAUUUUCAUAUUGAUAGAACAUUACACCACGUAGUCGCAUAGACACUGAUAUAUCAUUACAAUCGUAGAUCACACAACAAGCGUUACGUAAAAUCA